AUGGGAUCAAUGGCUCUCGAUAUCUGCGUGAAGGUUGCUGUUGGUGCUCCUGAUGUUCUCGGCGACUGUCCGUUCAGCCAACGGGUUCUUCUGACCCUCGAGGAGAAGAAGCUUCCCUACAAGACCCAUCUAAUCAACGUCUCCGACAAACCCCAUUGGUUCCUAAACGUGAGCCCGGAAGGAAAAGUUCCAGUGGUGAAGCUCGACGGCCAAUGGGUGGCUGAUUCAGAUGUCAUCGUCGGACUUCUUGAGGACAAGUAUCCAGAGAUUUCUCUCAAGACCCCUCCUGAAUUUGCUUCUGUGGGAUGCAAACUCUUUGGUGCCUUUAGCUUGACCAAUGUUCGUAACUACGCCAAGGCUUUGUUCUCUCGAGAGUCAUUCGAGAAAACCAAGGCCAAGGACGAGUUCGUGGUCGCUGGUUGGGCAUCAAAGGUGAACGGACCACUAUGGUCAUCACUCUCUCGUUACAACAAACUGACUGAGAUACUCAUCGACGCUUGUGUACUUGACAUCAGGAUAAAGCUGAGAAGCUUCGACUCCAAAGGAAGGCUCUAUGGUAAAGCAGGUUUGAUCUCCUUUCACAAAGAUGGCAUGGUUCAAAGCCAACAGAAGAUCCAGGGGAUGCGGAGACGCUGCAACAACGUUUCAAAAGCAUUAACAAACAAAACACAUGAUCUUGAUUUGUCUAGGAGAGUUAUGCAUUGUAUUAAAAAGAGUGUUGAAAUUGUUAAUUAG